AUUUCAUGGCCACUGGGCCCUGGGAAGGUCCUUCCCCACCACAAUCCCUUUGAAGACAUGUCUUCAGACCUAACAUGGACUCAGUUCUUCCAUUUUUUUCUCUCCACAGCCUGGUAUUAGCAAUAUAUUACCACAUCAAGAAAAGAGAUGGAGACAGAUCCAAGGACAUUUUUGAUGAAAGGCUGCACCCGCUGACACAGGAAGCGGUUCCAGAGGAAAACUUUGAUGAUAAUCCUGAUCCCCAAUCUAUUUAUACAUUCAUUCGGCCUUUUUUCAAUGCCCUAAAGCUAACAGCUGAAUUUUCAAUAACAACUUUG